AUGAAGUUCGUCAUCGUCGUCUCUGCCGCUCUGGCAUCCGUCGCGGCAGCGUCAAAAGAGAUGUUGGAACGGGCCAAGUGCGGACCCCUUGAAUUUCGAUGCGAGUCUAGUACGCGUCAUUGGUACAUGUGCAGUGAAUACAAUGAAUGGCUGAUUGCUGGCCGCUGCCCGCUCGGCACUAGCUGCAGGAUCGACAAGCAGAGCGGGUUUCCGUACUGCCGGCCCAUGCACAAGGCGGUUGAGGACGGUCAGGACGAGAUAUAG